GAUCUUUUAAAUAAUACUGGUCCGGGAAGCAAAACUUUGACCAGACGUGCAGAGCAGACCUUCCUAACAGACGUGCAGAGUGUGGGAAGAUUAUACGACGGGGCUGAGGCUGGCGCCCGUGGCCGCCAUAUUUAGUAUGCGACUGCCGAGUUCAGCGCCACUGUACUGCACGACACCAGCACGGCAGGAAUGUAAGUGCGGCAUAGCAGGAGUGUGGUACAGCAAGUGUGGUACAGCAGGAGUGUGGUGCAGCUGGAGUGCGGUACAGCAGGAGUGCAGUGCACACAAGGGAGGCACAGCAUCAGGGAGCAGAGCCACACAGCCAAUCAUGAAGACAUUACCAGUUGUGUUGGGGCUCCUGUGUUGUGUCGCGGCUCAAGUAUGCAGCCCUCGGUCCUUUGGAUACGACAGUGUGGUGUGUGUCUGCAACGCGACCUACUGCGACCAGCCGGGCAUCAUCAACUUCCCUGAAGAAGGCUGCUUCACCGUCGUCACCUCCAGCAGAGACGGCCUCAGGUUCAACGUGGAGACCUUCCCCGUCUCCAGCGAGGAUGACCUCGACGCGGAGGAGAUAACAGUGAACCGAGAGGACGUUUACCACACCAUACUGGGCUUCGGUGGCGCCUUCACCGACUCCACAGGUCUUAAUGUUGUGGCCCUCUCCAGCCAGCUCCAGGAACACUUCCUCCGAUCCUAUUUUGCUCCUGAAGGGAUUGGAUACACCAUAGGUCGUAUCCCGAUUGCUGGCUGCGACUGUUCCACCAGGACCUACUCCUACGACGACGUGGAGGGCGACGACGACCUCGUACACUGGAAUUUAACCGAAGAGGAUCACAAGUAUAAGAUUCCGUUGAUCCUGCGAGCGAAAGAAAUGUCAGCUUACCCACUAAAGAUGUUCGGCUCACCAUGGUCGUCCCCAGCCUGGAUGAAGACUAAUGGCAUGUUCAACGGGUCAGGAACACUUAUAUAUGAGUAUUGGCAAGCCUGGGCCAAUUACAUUGUUAAGUUUGUGGAUGCGUAUGAGGCUGCGGGAGUCAAGAUGUGGGGCCUCACUCCCCAGAAUGAACCGCUCGGUGGCCUUACUGAUUGGAAAAUCAAUGCUGUUGGAUGGUCGGCUGAGUCAAUGCGAGACUGGCUCAGGGAUAACCUAGGACCCACGCUGGAGGCUGCUGGCUACCGUCGCCUCAAGAUGAUGGUUCACGACUUCAACAGGGACUCAUUGAUUUCGUACAUCGAACCGAUGCUUGCAGACCCCGAGUGUGCUAAAUACAUCGAUGGAACGGCUGUCCACUGGUAUUCUGACAACAUCAUUUCCCCGGAAAUUCUGGACAAAAUCCACGCUCUCUCUCCAGAAAGGUUUAUUCUGUACACUGAGGCCUGUCAAGGAUGGGACGUUGAGGGGUCGGAAUUAAGUGUCAAUCUUGGGUCAUGGCUGCGUGCUGAACAGUACGUCCACUCCAUGUUAGAUGCCGUGAACCACUACUCGACGGGCUGGGUGGACUGGAACAUGGCUCUGGACACGCUGGGGGGACCCAACUGGGCUAACAUCUUCCUCGACGCUCCCGUCAUUAUCGACGCCGAAGCUAAGGAGUUUUACAAGCAGCCAAUGUUCUAUGCCAUCGGUCAUUUGAGCAAGUUCGUGGUUCCCGGUGCUAAGCGGAUCUCCAGCUCGACCUCGUCAAACUGGCUGGAGGCGGCCGCCUUCAUCGACCCGUCAGGACGCACUGUCGUCGUUGUCCUCAACAAGGAUGAUGAUGAAGAACAGCUGACAGUGACAGACGGCUCCUCAUAUUUCCUCAACUUCAAGAUACCUCCCAAAGCCAUCCAGACUAUCCUGUACUAGCAUUCUCUAGGACCUAGAUAGAUCCUGUUAUUGAACAAGACACUAGCUACAUCCUGUCAUUGAACAAGACACUAGCUACAUCCUGUCAUUGAACAAGACACUAGCUACAUCCUGUCAUUGAACAAGACACUAGCUACAUCCUGUCAUUGGACAAGACACUAGCUACAUCCUGUCAUUGGACAAGACACUAGCUACAUCCUGUCAUUGGACAAGACACUAGCUACAUCCUGUCAUUGGACAAGACACUAGCUACAUCCUGUCAUUGGACAAGACACUAGCUACAUCCUGUCAUUGGACAAGACACUAGCUACAUCCUGUCAUUGGACAAGACACUAGCUACAUCCUGUCAUUGGACAAGACACUAGCUACAUCCUGUCAUUGGACAAGACACUAGCUACAUCCUGUCAUUGGACAAGACACUAGCUACAUCCUGUCAUUGGACAAGACACUAGCUACAUCCUGUCAUUGGACAAGACACUAGCUACAUCCUGUCAUUGGACAAGACACUAGCUACAUCCUGUCAUUGGACAAGACACUAGCUACAUCCUGUCAUUGGACAAGACACUAGCUACAUCCUGUCAUUGGACAAGACACUAGCUACAUCCUGUCAUUGGACAAGACACUAGCUACAUCCUGUCAUUGGACAAGACACUAGCUACAUCCUGUCAUUGGACAAGACACUAGCUACAUCCUGUCAUUGGACAAGACACUAGCUACAUCCUGUCAUUGGACAAGACACUAGCUACAUCCUGUCAUUGGACAAGACACUAGCUACAUCCUGUCAUUGGACAAGACACUAGCUACAUCCUGUCAUUGGACAAGA